AUGGCGGAUGGGAGGGUCAUCAACUGCCAGAGCCUCACCUCUCAGCCUUACGGAAAUUGGGGAGAGUCUCAGGACUUUUGCCGGAAGUGUGCUUCAUUGCGGCUGGAAAGAGUGUUUUUCCCUGCCCAAGGACACACCACGCCCGUCACUGUGAUCAAACUUCCGAAGAAUUAUGAAGAGUCAUGUCCCCUGUGUCGAUUCCUGGACCGAAUCUCAAACAACAGCCCUCAGAGGCCGAAACCCAUUCUGACCUUUUUGAUGGCAUAUCAUCUGUAUACCCGCCGUGGUGUUCCGACACUUGACUGUCCGCACCCAGACGUGGUCUUUGGGGUUGUCGGUACAGAUCGAGAAUUGCCGUUGGCAAAGUUCCUGAAUCGGCACGAGAAUCUCGAAAAGCGUCAAUUCAUCUGCGAUUCCACCUGUCUCUUGCGAGAUGCUGGUCUCAUAUUACCCAUAAACCGGAGCGUUGCCCCUACCCGAUUAGAAGGCUGCAAGAUAGACGCCAACUCUAUCAACCUUGAAGCUGUAAGCAGUUGGAUAGCGACCUGCAGGAGACUUCACCCCCAAUGUUCAAGACCUUAUGCCAAUGCUACUGCUUAUCCGCGGUGGUUGUUUGACUGUCACGACAGGAGGCUUGUCCGUAAUCACGGUAGUGUUGAUUACACCGCUCUUAGCUAUGUCUGGGGCUCAGCGUUAACCUCUUCGUGUCCGAGUGAGAUGCAGGAAACAAACGAUGAUCUACCUUCAUUACCACGGGUGCUUGAAGAUGCCAUCACUAUCACCAAAGCUCUCAACUUUCGAUACCUGUGGGUUGACCGGCUUUGCAUUCGACGGAAUAACAAGCAUGAGUUUCACCGCGAACUGAAGAACAUGGCCUCGCUUUACCGAGCGGCUCAGUUGACCAUCAUUGCUCUACAUGGGAACAGUGCAGACGACGGUCUCCCAGGCAUCAGCACUGCCCGUCGUGAUGUGCAGCCUUGUCUUGAAGUUGGAGGCUGUCGGUUGGUUUCCACCAUGGGCACGCUAGAGUCGGCGAGGAAUCGCUCAAAAUACAUAACCAGAGCAUGGACAUACCAGGAAGAAGUCUCAUCUAGGCGACGACUGUACUUCACCCACCAACAAUUGUAUUUCAAAUGCGGUACAUCGUCGACAUGCGAGACCAUCGCUGCUCAUGGCUCGCUUGAGGAGUUCUUUGUUGAGCCGACGGUCGCCUACUUCGGCGGUACUAAACACGAGUUGGACGAGUUUGACAGAGCCUGGGAACACAUCUCCCAAGUGUCAAGAAGAAGCUUAACGUACGAGUCUGACAGGUUGAACGCUGUUCUCGGCCUUCUCGAAGAGCCGUUGUUGCUUGGAGGGCGGACCCGUCUACAACAUAUAUUUGGCAUGCCUAUCCCGCCUGGCAAAAGAUGGAGGGAAGACCGGCUCGCGCCUGAUGCACUGUUUGCUCUCUCACUUCUGUGGACAAGGCGUCAAACCGAUAGCCGACAACACUGCUUUCCGAGUUGGUCCUGGAUAGGAUGGAGCGGCGGCAAGGUCAUCCCAAUUUCCCCAGCCCAACAUGCCUCGGAGGGCUCUUGGUCGAACGACGUGGAGGUGUCAGUGCAGGAAUGCGACACCGGGAAAUUGGGGCGCUUGAACGACCUUUCCAUGUUAGCGGAGGCUAUAAUCGACGAGAUGCCCCGAGUUCUGUGCGUCAGGAGUCGAGGCUGUCAGCUUCGCAACCUCAUUUUCAGUCCAUCGUCUACUCAGCGCGUAAGGGCGAACUUCGUUUCCGGCUUGACGGAGAGAUCGGUGCCCAUUGACACUGAACUGUGCUCAGACGACGAGUUAAGACGCCUUGAGACGUGCGGGACGGUUCUUGCUUUGGACUUUGUCGACCGGUCGAAAGGACAUGACCUGGAUCGCUCCGCACCCCUGCUGGUGGUGGCGGCAUUGAACGGACUCGACCAGCCGUUUGAGCGUGUAGGAACAAUCAGACUGUCGGCGGUUCUGUCGCUCACAUACCUGGAGCGGCUGAGACUGGACGACUUUCUAUCCCAAUGGGAAACUGUGACCGUGCAGAUAGGAUGA